AUGGAGGAGAAAGACUUGAACCAGGUGCCCGGUGCUUUGGCCAGCUCGAAACUGCCGACCAUCCAGACUCGUCCAACCCCAGGUCACCAAACAAAUAAGUCGAUAUCAAAAAACACCAGCAUGGCUACUGGAGACGACGACGAGGAAGAAGAAGGAAUGCUCAAGGUGGACGAAGAGGGUCAGAUCGAAGAAGAUGAAGGCGCCAACCACCAGGUGAGCCGGUCUCGUUCCAACAUCGAUCGCCGUCCCAUAUCACUUGCUGACCGUCUCACGCCGCUCGCUGAUACUUCGUUCAAGAAUAAGGGAACCUGUGCGCCAUCCAACAUCUCCAACGCUGGUUAUGUAUCCCCGAGGCAUGCAAUAUCGGAUCGAGAACACGAUCGAGACCGAUACCACGAAACUUCGCCUGCGCCAUCUUCAUCCUACACGCCACAGCGCCCGAGAUUUGGCUAUUCUGCUGAAACAGGAAGCUCUUAUGGUGCCGCUUCAGCCUUUCCCUACGCGCGUGAAUCUCAUCGGUCAGAGUCCUACGCAUCCGGCUCCAGAAACGGUUUCAGUGGACCAGGAUCCCGAGCAGACAGCAGACGAGGCUGGUAUGCCUCUCCAACCGCAGCUACUUCUCGAGCUCCCGAUAACUACCGACCUGGCGCAAACCGCGAGCGAGACAGAGAUUGGGAAUCGUUCCGCGAUGGCGACCGAGACAGAGACUGGUCGACACUGGAGCGCGAGCGUGAGAGGGACGGAUAUCGACACUCGUCCUACCCGGCAUCCACGGCUACCAAGUAUGGUUUCGACAAUCGCGAGUUUGCUGCUCGGCGUGCUGCAUCUCCCUCGCCAAGCAUGGUCAGGGACCGUGAAUUUGACACAGAUAGGUCCAGGGAUAGAGAUUCCCAACGAUCAACCGAGCGCGACCCGCGCAUACGAGCCUCCAGUUCGAGCUGGGGCAGCGGUGGUAUGCGGCAAUGGGGAAAACCUUUGGAGGCAGGCAUUGCUCGUCAAUCAGCGUCUGAUGAUGCUCGCUCCGAUACAUCGCAGCGACUGACCGGGUCUCGUUCCAACUACACACCUCCGCCUGCUGGAUCGAGUGAAGCAGGCACCAAACCGAGCGGAUCUGACUUUGUUUCUGAAAAAAGCGAGGCGAGAAGCAGGGAGGUGUCCUAUCAGACGACUAACUCUCCAGAUUAUCGUCCAGCCACUGAUACCAAUAAAGUCGAAGUCUCAAAGUCUAGCAUUUCUCGGAACAGCGCGCCCUCCACGACCUCUGCAAGUGCUUCACCGGCCACAAAGCUCGUACAGGACGCAGGGCAAGCGACAAAGGCAUCUGAAUCACGAGGCGACAUGGGUGCAGAUGUAGCUCAUUCAGCACCAUCGGAAUUCGUCGAACGCAAGAAUACGGAAACAGUCGAAGCGCCUUUGCCAUCAUAUGCGACGACACUCGCGGCCGAUGCCUUGCCCCAUGAUGUGUCUAGGCUAAACGGCAAGGAAAAGCCGGGUAGCGACCAAUACGCUCAGUCGGAAGAGAAAGGACCUGUGGCAACCACACAAGAACACAAAGACUCCAGCGUCGAGCCAGCCGAGCAACCAGUCAGUGAGAAGUCUGAGUCGAUCCUCGAUCCGGCUCACUCGCAAUCUGCUUCGCACUCAGCACAGGAGACAGCGAAGACCGCACAGAUUUCAACUUCUACAUCGUCCUCGGAAAUAGAUGUGCCAGCACAGCCUAACCUCGUCGAUGCGCUGUCACUUAGCAUUUCGACUGCCACGCAGGAGCAAGCAGAUACAGAGCCCUCGUCGACAGUGUCGGCCUCAGCAUCAGGCGCUAGUGACAGUCAAGCAGCAGCACCAGCAGCACCAGCAACAACAACAGCUUCAGGAGCUGAGGUUACGCCAACCACACGUGUUGCGCAGUCCGUGACCUCUGGUCUAGUUGACGAGUCCACGGAAACUGAUGUUGGAGCAACAGCCUCAAAUGCAGCUCAGGACGAGGGGUCUGACCUCAUUGCUAUAACCGAAUUCAAAGAAGCCUCGGAAGUUCCUGUCAAAGAGGAAGGGAUGACAGCGACCGACGAACCAGUCACAUCAGCAAACAUCGAUUCAGUUGUCAAUGUUACUCUCACGACUCAGGCUCCAGUCACUGGGUCUUCCAAUGGCGCAACAUCGAAAGCUGAUGCGUCCGUCUUACCUCCCCAUCCUACACUAGUCCAUGGAGUUAGCGACAGUAUCGAUACGCCAGAUGCCUUGCAACAGGAGCAAACCGAUGCGGAUGCAGAAAAGCAAGAGCCGCCCGCAUCGCCUCAGGCAGAGGUAGUUGCUAAGCCAGAGAUCCGAGAUGAAUUGAACGCAAGCGUUACAGUGGAUGCUGGGCCACUCGAGGCUGUCCAGCCUCCGACGGCGGACAGCGAAGCAACGGGAACAACAGGCAAUCAGCAAACAACAGGCAAUCAGCAAACGGAGGUGGAAUUGGAUGUCACAGAUGUCCCCAUGGAAGGUGCCCUUCAGGAGCAAGAUCAGGCACUUGUAGUCCAAGCAGAUAUUGAACAGGUUUUGUCAGCCUCGACUGAUACUCCUACCGCGCAAACGAAGUUCAUCGACACGGGAGCCAGCGGCAGCGGCGGUGCGACAGCAGCAGGCACGGGCAUGGCGAAGGAGCUCGCUUUUCAACCCACGGAACCCAGCGUCAAGUCGGAGGAAGACCAGGCCGUUCCAAUUAGUGAUGUAUCGAUGACCGAAGCUGCCGUCGGGUCUGACCCGGUCGAUACAGUCAUCGCUCAGGAGCUAAAGGUCGAGAUACAGCCGGAAGAGUCGGCUGCAGCACCCGAUGUUGGCCAAGCAGCUCCCAAUGUAGCUGAUUCCGUGGAAGUCAAGACAACAGAAGCUCAAGCAGGCGCUGCAGACACUGUCUCGCCAUCAACUUCGCAAAUCCAAGUUUCUGGGCAAUUCGUCACCGCUACGAUCGAUACAGAGAACGAGACGCAAAAAAUCACCCUGCCUCAUGUCGAUUAUGGCGAAGAUAAGAAAGUACAGAGUCUUGUGGAGCAAGAGUCCGCCAGGAUCGAAGAAGUAGAGAUGCCUGAAGCGGACCAACCCGAGCCCUCGUUGCGCAUCGCUCAGAUCGACGAAGCUGCAAAAGACAUCGAACAGCCUCUCAUGACACCUACUACACAAGAACAGAUCGACCAAGCCAUACACGCUGCAGUGCGCCAGCACUUUGCAAUUGACAUCGCUCACAAGGACGACUGGAAGAGCAUCUUGCGGGAAAACCAAUUGUUGUCGCAGAAGACGACGAUGGACGUGCUCAAAACAAAAAUCCAUGGUAUUCCGCAGCACGUCAGCUCGAACAAGCCGCUGUGGCUGCAAGAAGAUGACGACCAGGCUGAGCGGACCAAAACCCAGCUGUUUUCACUGUUACUGGACCGCAAGAAGCGUCUCAAUGAAAAAGUCGAGGCUCUCAAGAAACGCUAUCGAAGCAUCAACGAAGAGUGGAAAGUACACUGCUCGCGUCUCGACCGAGCUGCCGAGCGACGUGAAAUGCUGCGUCGACCCCCAGCGAACACGCCAACAGGAACACCUGGUGCCUUCGGUGUCGAGGACCCCUCACCAGGCGGUGGUUUGCUCAGCGCAUCACUCAUCACUGGUCGAGCCAAUCGUCGCAGCGCUCAGAGUGGAGGAUUUGCCGGCUUCGGUGAUGCUGUCCGAUCUGAGGCGGAGUUCCUCGAGAUUCUUGCCAGCCUCGAGAACGCAGAUAUGCAAGACCCCAACAUGCGUGCUGCUCGCACCACAGCUACUGCUCCCGACAUGUAUAUCGACCCGGACUCAGACCAGCUGAUGAAGCUUCGGUACGAUGAUGUCAAUGGGUUUGUCGCAGAUCCGCUUGCGUUUUACCUCGACGAAUUCGACCCUGAUGUCUGGUCUGACGAAGAAAAGGCCAUCUUUGCCCGACGCUAUGCUUUAUGGCCCAAGCAGUUCGGCAAGAUUGCGCAGGCUCUACCGCACAAGACGCCGGCACAGUGCGUGCGCUACUACUACCUCAACAAGAAGGUGCCCGGCAACGACUUCAAGGCCUUGGCAGCUGCCAGGAACAGGGAACGGAAGCGCAAGGCUCGCGUCAAGCCCAAGAAAGCUAAAGGCAGCGCCCUUAUGGCUGAUCUGAAAUCGGCAAAGGGCGAGGAGGUGGACGACGUCGAAGACGGGUCAGGCCUUCGCUCUCCUGUCGAGGCGUUGGAUCCUUCUGGAACAACAGCUGAUGUGCCUAUGUCUGCUAAUGGUCGUAGAGGUGGUGGUCGCAACCGCGUGGUCUCGACAGCAGUUGACGGCAGCGCCAGUGCAGAAGAUGCCGUUGCUGGUCGCAAACGCACCGCUGAUCAGAGCGAGGUAGAACCAAAAGGCAGCGAUCCGAAGACAUCAGACAAACGCAAGCCGGGACCGAAAUCGAAGCGUGCCAAGUCUGACAACGCGAGUGGGGGGGACAAGUCUCGCAAAUCGCGGCCCGCUAAGAAGGACAGCGCGACUCUCGAUGAGGCAAAGCCUGGAGCGUCCUCGGCCCCCAGUGCAGUCCUAGCAGGCAACAAGUUGGAGGCGACUGACGAGUCAGCGCUAGCUGGAGCCGCUGACGGCGACGUAGCCCCUGCAGAGGUCAAGCCGAGAGUAGAGGACAGUGACCUGGCCGCGGCUGAGGCUUUGGGCGCAUUAGCAGGUCUCUUUGGUGGCGCAGGGUCGGCUGGUGAUAGCGCUGUGAACAACACAGCUCCCGGUACGACGGCUCAGCCAUUGUCGAGUGAAGCGGAUGCCGAAGGUCGAAAAGCUGGCAAGAAGCGGCGCGGCAAGACAGCAGCUCUGGGCGACGAGAGCAGCGAGAUCACUGGAAGCAAGGGUCGAGGAAAACAGCCGACGUCGUCAUACUGGUCGGUCGCGGAGCGAUAUGAGUUCUUGCGUGCGCUGGUGGUACAUGGGCCUAGAUGGGAAGUCGUGUCAUCCACUUUGGCGCAAAAGUCGACUGCUCAGGCGCGCAACUACUUUGCUCGAAACGAGGACGAAACCGACUUUGCUGAAGCCGCAGCUUUGGCUCGCUACCACGCUGAUGCACCUCUGGAAGAGCGUGAGAAAGUCGCGCUAGCCUUCGUGCGUCAACGCUUUGCAAACAGCUCCGCCUCUGCUCUUCCUGCUUCGACCUCAUCCGGGCCUGUUCCUGGCCACGAUGUCGCACGAAUCACUCAUCUUCCGCCGCCCCCUGGCAUCUUGGCUGGUCAAGCUGACACGAUCGAUGUUAAAGUGCGGGAAGCGUCACCAGAAUCAGCGAUUCACCGACGCGGAUUGCAGAUCAACUCGCUUCUCAACGAUACGAACGAGGCGACAAUCGAUCGUGGCGCACGACGUUUGUCUCUGCAUGCCUGGCAGGCAGAACGCGGAGACUUGCCGUCAACGGCCUUCGGCCGAGACGGGUCUGUGCCGCCCUCGCUGUACGCAAGGCAAACCCAAGAUCUGGAGGAGCGCAGACCACUCACUGCAGACCGCAUUGAUGGCAUGCGCUCGGUCAAUUCCGAAACUCGAAGCUCGCGAGAUGAUUUUGACGAUCGAGCCCGAGCCUAUGGCCGUCUGGAGUCACACCGACCUGUCGCUGAGAGCCGAGACGCUCGGGAGGAAGGAGUCGAUUCACGAUCCUGGAUGUACGAUUCGCCUUACGAGGCGCAUCGUCGGGUCUCACCCACGACAGGCUACGCAGCGAUGGCGCCCCCUUCGCAUCCAGCCGAUCGUGGCAUGCCAGCGUCGCGCUACUCGAUGCCGCCAAGCGGCAUCGCCGCGUCUGGCCACAUGGCGAGGUCGGUGCCACCCAUGCCUAGCCAUCUUGGAUCGAGCGAAGAUAUAGAACUCGAACGCGAGCGUGAACGGUACGGCAUGUACGGUCCGCCGGGCAGAUCGCGAGAACACGAAUCUCAGAGCAUGCCUCCCGCGGUCUCAGGUGAACUGCGCCAUGCUAGCACUGGCGAGCAGAUUUCGCCGACGAACGCGCAGUUUGGAGCAAGUCAUGGCUACAGCCGAUACUCGACUCCAGGCGUCUCGAGCUUAUAUGUCGGCACUGCAGCAGCGCCAAGCGCGGUCUCUUCGAGAGGAAGAUCCGCAAAUGGCCCGCUUACCGCGCCUCUGCCAUCGUCGACACCAGAUGGGCCCGCUUACGAGCAACGCUGGCAGCGAUACUCUCAGUCUCCAGGGCCGGCACCAGCUGCUUCAGCUGGCGGACAUGCGCCGCCUUCGAGUGCUGGUGGCUUCUCAGCUGGCAGUGCCUAUCGAUCAUCCAACAGUGCUUACUCGAGCUUCCCAUCGCAGAGUCUUCCUCGGCCAUCAUUGCCAUCUCUCUCGUCAACAAGCGGUUCCAAAGUGGGUGGUGCACCCUAUCUGCCUUCGUUGGGUGCUGCUGGACGAUCGUUGCCGCCUCUUUUAGGAACGUUUCCUGCACCUAGUCGCAGCAGCGUUGGGCCUGGAUCACGACCAGCAGCGGGCACGGGAGAAGAAGCUGCUUCGCGAUACUGGCCUUAUCCUCAUCGACCUCGUGGUCCCGAACAGCCACCCCACAACCGAAACGCUGAGUAA